ACAAACCCCCCUCAACACCGCACCGCAGCCCUCUAAUCUCCCCCCCCUCAAGCACCACCCUACACAGCAAAACGAAGAAACAAAGAAAUAUGGCCCUCGCCAAGUACGACUUUGCCCUGUUCCUGCAUUUCCUCUGUUUGGUCACGGCGACGAGCGGCAAAGUCCCAGCAAUAAUCGUGUUCGGAGACUCCUCGGUCGACGCGGGGAACAACAACUACAUCCCUACCAUCGCUAGGAGCAACUUCCAGCCCUAUGGUCGGGACUUUUACGGCAGCAAGCCGACCGGGAGGUUCUCGAACGGCAGGAUCCCGUCGGAUUUCAUUUCGGAGGCCUUCAAGAUCAAGCCGAGCAUUCCCGCCUACUUGGACCCAGCUUACAACAUAUCGGACUUCGCCACCGGAGUGACCUUCGCCUCCGCGGGAACGGGUUACGACAACGCGACAUCUGGAGUGCUCUCUGUGAUCCCCCUGUGGAAGGAACUCGAGUACUACAAGGACUACCAAAGGAAGCUAAGAUCGCACCUCGGGCCGAGCUCCGCGAACCAGGUGCUCGCUGAGGCGCUCUACAUGAUCAGCAUGGGCACGAACGACUUCCUCGAGAACUACUACACGAUGCCGGGCCGCCGGUCGCAGUUCACCGUGAGCCAGUAUGAGGACUUCCUCAUCGGGAUCGCGGAAAACUUCGUGAGGGAGCUCUAUGGCCUCGGGGCCCGCAAGAUAUCGCUCGGGGGGUUGCCGCCGAUGGGGUGCUUGCCGCUCGAGAGGACGACGAACGUGAUGGAGCAAAACAGGUGCGUGGGGAAUUACAACAAUGUGGCCUUGGAGUUCAACGGGAAGCUGAAGGGUCUGGUGGUGAGGCUGAGCUCGGAGCUGCCGGGGAUCAACUUGGUGUUCUCCAACCCGUAUUACAUCGUCAUGCACAUCGUCCGGAAACCUGCUUUCUACGGGUUCGAAGUUACGUCGGUUGCAUGUUGCGCGACGGGAUUGUUUGAGAUGGGAUAUGCAUGCGCACGGGACAGCCUCUUCACGUGCCAAGAUGCGAACAAGUACGUGUUCUGGGACGCUUUCCAUCCCACCGAGAAGACCAGCCGCAUCGUCGCCGAUUAUGUCGUGAAGACCGUUUUAGCUAGAUUCCUCUGAUCACCGGCCCCACACUCUCUCCGUAUCCAUGUACAAUAGACAUCGUAUGGUCUACGUAUAAUAAUACGAUGUAUGACUUUUUUGUAGA